AUGUGGUGGAGACUUUGCAGCUUGCUGACCUGGUUCCCCUUACAAGAAGCCUUUCUGACUAACCACACAGAAACAGUCACCGUGGAGGAAGGCCAGACACUCACCCUGAAGUGUGUCGUUUCUCAGGGGAAGACCACCUCCCUGCAGUGGCUAGCCCCAUCAGGGUUCACCAUUUUUUUAAAUGAGCAUCCUGCUUUAAAAAAUUCCAAAUACCAGCUGCUUCAUCACUCCACCAAUCAGCUCUCCAUCAGCGUGCUUAAUGUCACCCAGCAAGAUGAAGGCGUGUACAAGUGUUUACAUUACAGCAACUCGGUGAGAACAAAGGAAGUAAAAGUGAUCGUGCUAGCAACACCUUCCAUGCCGACUCUGGAAGCUUCAGUUAUCAGAAUGCAAAAUGGAAAAGCACACAUUACACUUAAAUGCUCCACCGUGAGAAGUAAACCCCCUCCGCAGAUAACCUGGAUUUUAGGCAAUGGCAUAGAGCUCUCUGGUGAAACCCACCAUGAAUUUGAAACUGAUGGGAAGAAAUGUAACAGCAGCAGCAUCCUCAGAGUCCACACACUGGGCAAAAGCUCAACAGUGGACUGCGUCAUCCGACACAAAGGCCUACAAGGAAGAAAACUGGUAGCACCCUUCCGAUCUGAAGACUUGGUUACGGAUCGAGAGAUGGCUUCAGACGCCCUGGAGAAAAGCUCCCUGUCCUCUCAAGACCCUCAGCAGCCCACUAGUACUGUUGCAGUAAUGGAAGAUUCUAGUACAACCAAGAGGGACAAGGAAGAGAAAGAACAAACCACUCAAGACCCUGACUUGGCCACUGAAGCCAGUCUUCAGUAUGUGGGGGUGAUAAGGAGGAAAAAUGGCAUUCUACUGCUCACCCUUGUGUCCUUCCUCAUCUUCAUACUCUUCAUCAUCGUCCAGCUCUUCAUAAUGAAGCUUCGGAAAGCACACGUGGUGUGGAAAAGAGAAAACGAAAUCUCAGAACACACUCUAGAAAGUUACAAAUCGAGGUCAAAUAAUGAAGAAACAUCAUCCCAAGAGAAAAAGGGCCAAACUUUCCACUCUAAGAGCUACGUGAACUACAUCACACAGUUGUACUCAGAAGCAAAAACAAAGAGGAAGGAAAAUGCACAAAAUUCAAAAUUAAAAGAAGAGCCCACUCAUAUACCAGAGAGCAUUGUGUAG